AGCGCUUCUAGUGGCAGAUAUUUGACUUAUUUUUUUAAUCCUAAUAGUGGCAUAUUGUUAAGAAACACUAGUCAUUGGUUGCAAAAUACAAACAUAAAUAUAAACAAAACCGAAGUUGAAGUCAAAGUCAAACAGUGUAUCAAUUGAAGUGUUGUGUGAAAGUGUGCAGUUAGAGCGGGUUUAAAUGUCACGCUAUGAGAAGGGACAUGGUCGCAGGGGACGUUUGGACAAGAAACACGACGGGGGCAAGCAGAAGCCAGUCGUUGGCGCGACGGGCGCGGCUGUGCUUGAGAGCAUAGACGAAAACUCACCAAUCAUCCAGAGCUUCAGAAAGUAUUCAGCAGAACUGGAUGCAAAACAUGACAAAUACGAACGUAUAGUUAAACUCAGUCGGGAUAUCACAAUAGAAUCCAAGAGAAUUAUCUUUCUGCUCCACAACAUGGAUAGAGAUUCAAAAUCUGCCUCUAUACUAGAGGAAGCAGAAACUCGCUUGGGCCGACUUCUGGAAACACAUUUCUUCCCGAUAGCAAAGGAAUUGCAUAAAGAAGAUCCUUACCAGUUCCACAGGGCUUACACUGCAGGGAUGCAGGAGUACAUAGAAGCUCUGACGUUCUACCGUUACUUGAAGGGAGAGGCCCUAGAGCACUGGGACAGUGUGCAGAAGGGACUCAUCUACACGGUGCCAGAGAGCGCGCAGGAGGAGGAGCCAGCCAUGGAGGUGGACAAGGAGGAAACAAGCACGGAGGUGUCCGCCUUCCUGCUGCCGACGGACUACUUUCUGGGCAUCGCUGACCUUACCGGCGAGCUCAUGCGCAAGUGCAUCAACAACCUGGGGCUGGGCAAGAUGGAGAGCUGCUACCACACGUGCGCCUUCGUGCGCCAGAUCUACAACGGCUUCCUGGGGAUCGGCAACACCGGCACCAAGGAGAUGUCGCGCAAGAUCUUCACCCUGCGCCAGUCUCUCGCCAAGAUGGAGUACACCUGCUACACCAUUCACGUGCGCGGAUCCGAGAUACCCAAGCACAUGCUGGCAGAUGUCUUGGCGGGUGGCCGGGACGACGUCAUGGAUGAUGACGAAGGAUUUUACUGAACUUUCAAUCAUGGGUUUAAUGCAAACCAUUGAAUGACAUGUAAUUAAUAUAAAACUUAAAUUUUUUUACUUGUCA